AUGGUUGCUUGUAUUUUAUCAGCUUCAGGAUUGGAGAAAGAACUGAUCUUGAAAGAAAGGGAAACUCUUGAUGUGUUGAAAGAAUUGGAAAGUACCAAAAAGCUUGUUGAAGAAUUGAAAUCAAAGAUACAGAAGGAACAGUCUGAAGUGAACUUGAAUCUUCAGCUUGGCGAAUGUGAUAGAAAAUCAGUUGUUGAAGAGAAUGAAGAAAAGGAAAACCAGAUGAGUCAAUUGAAUGUUCUUCAGCCUUCCAGACAAGAUGUCCGAACUUCUGUAGAAUCGCUCAAUAAGAAGUUAGAGAAGGAAAGAAUCUCACUUGAGAAAACACGUGAGAGGUUAGCUCAAAAUACUUCAAAAAUAUCUUCUCUUGAGGAAGAGCUAAACCAUACCAGAUUAAGGCUGCAAAUAGCAAAAGGGGCUGAAAUUAAAGAUGCUUCAGAUGAUCCUUCGGUUAUUACUAGAGAGCUCCAGCGAUUGAGUUCUGAGGCCGAGAAUUUCAAAAUAAUGGGAGAAUCUGCAAAAGCAGAAGUUCUGAGAACCAUGUCCGAGAUUGAACAGACAAAAACCAUGAUAAGAACUGCUGAAAUCAGAUUGGUUGCAGCCAGAAAAAUGAAAGAAGCUGCUAGAGCUGCAGAAGCUUUUGCCCUUGUAGAAAUUAAUGCAUUAUCUAAUCAUGAAAAUGAGAGUUUACCUGGAAAUCAGAUUACUCUUUCAUUUGAAGAGUAUACCGCUCUGACAUGCAAAGCCCAUGAUGCAGAGGAACAAUCUAGGAAGAGAGUUGCAAAUGCAAUGCUUGAAGUUGAUGAAACAAAUUUGUCAAACAUGGACAUUUUGAAAAGGGUAGAAGAAGCUACAGAGGAAGUUAAAACCAGCAAGAAGGCCCUUGAAGAAGCUCUGGAAAGGGUAGAAGCUGCAAAUAGAGACAAGGUAGAGGUUGAAGAGGCUUUAAGGAAUUGGCGCUCGGAGGGUCACAAAAGACGCUCUAUACAAAACCCCACCAAGUUCAAAACCUCUUGUUCCUCUCAUCAUUGGAGAGAUCCUCGGUUACUAGAUGUUAAUGGAUUAAAUCUGGUAAAUGAUGAAGCAAAGCCCGUUCUAAAGUCAACCCUAUCAAUAGGACAAAUACUUAGCAGAAAGCUGCUUCAACCACAAGAGUGUGAAGCUGGAGAAAGAAUCUCAAUGAAACAGAAUGUGUCUCUGGGUCAGAUGCUUGGUAAACAAAACAUUGAUCCACCAAUUGACAGACAAAUUGAGAAAGGAACUAGCCGUAAGCUGUUUUCUACCAAGAGAAAUAAAUUUGGAUUUGCACGUUUCUCUCAUAUUUUGUCAAAACAGCAGAAGAAUAAGAAGAAGCCAACCCUGAAUUUGAGGUGAUGCAUUGUUUGAACUAUUUGCUCAAUCUAGCAGUGCCAAAAGCUAGACUAUAGUUGCAUCUUUUUUAUCAGUGCUUGUCUGAUUCUGUUGUUAUUAUGGUUGCUUGUAUUUUAUCAGUGUUUUUUUAAGGUUGCUAUCCUGCUUGUAUAAUGUAUAUUGACUUAUUAUGCUAGUUGUAGAGAUGAUUCGUAUAUGAAUUCAUAACCUCUUCAAUCACUGUUGUAAUUUUUCAUUUGCCUAAUGUUCUUUUGCUGCUA